AUGGAGUUGUCUACGCCACCAAAUGGCCAGAAACCAGUUGUUGGUAUCCUCCGCGAGUCCGGCGUCACCCCUCAUCCCCCAGUUCGCCGAGCUAUUCGCCUCGCCCAAGUCAAACUUGAGGCUGCCGGCUACGAAGUCAGAGACUUCACACCAGGUUGUCCUGACUUCAAGGAGAUCAAAGAGAUCGCUAGCCAGAUUUUCACCGUGGAUGGGGUAUCCUAUCAGCGACGGGAGCUUGCCAGAGCAAAUGAGCCUGUCGUGCCCUCGGUUGUCAAGUUCGGGUACUGGGACAUGCCCAGAAAGACUCACGAAGAAAUGUGGGAAUUGAACACUAAAAAGGGUGAAAUACAAAAGAAGAUGCUGGAUGCGUGGGAAAAGAUAGGCAUCGACGUGCUCAUUGCACCAGCAGCUCCGCACACGCCAAUUACCCCUGACAAUUGCACUGCAGAGCUUUACACAGUUGCCUGGAAUGCUAUGGAUUACCCUGCUAUUAUCAUUCCAUUCUUGAAAGCGGACUCUCUACUCGACCCCAAAGAUGAAGCGUUCAAGCCGAAGAAUGAUAUGGAUCAAAGCAUUCAGGCACUGUAUGAUCCAGAGCUCAUGGCUGGUGGCCCGGCCUCCCUCCAGAUUGUUGCUCCAAGACUUCAAGAUGCUGCUCUACUAAAACAUGCGGAAGCAAUUGACAAGGUGUUGAAUGAGGAGGCUGGCGAAGUUGCAUAA